CCAGGAUACCACGCCCUCUCUCUCUCUCUCUUCUCCCUUCCACUUCCCUUUCCCCCUCCCUCUCCUCUUGUCUCUCGCACUGCGAAACCCUAGCGAGGGCGUUCCCUCUUAUUUAUCUCUUCUCUGAAAUCAAUUGUAUGCUUUGAUCCUGGCGUCUUCGAGGAUUCGAUUCAAGAGAUUUGAGCAGAUGAUGGCUGAAUCUGUAUGUGAUGGACGGAAUGUUGUUUUGCCUAAGUAUUAAGCUUGAGUUCGGUCAACAAAAUAUAAUGGAUGAUGAUUGUACAGAUGGAUAAAAUGUCUGCUCCUUCAUCACGGGAGCGCGCACAACGCCUUUAUGAGAAGAAUGUUGAAUUGGAGAACAAGCGCCGGAGGUCAGCUCAGGCACGGGUCCCAUCAGAUCCAAAUGCCUGGCAACAAAUGCGUGAGAACUAUGAAGCUAUAAUUCUUGAGGACCAUACCUUUGCCGAGCAGCACAAUAUUGAGUAUGCCUUAUGGCAGUUGCAUUACAAGCGGAUUGAGGAGUUGAGGGCAUACUUCAGUGCUGCUCUUUCUUCCACAAGCUCAAAUUCCACACAGGGGAUCAAAGCCCCUGCACGACCUGAUAGGAUAACUAAAAUAAGGCUGCAGUUUAAGACCUUCCUUUCAGAAGCAACUGGAUUUUACCAUGAUCUUAUUAUGAAAGUAAGAGCAAAGUAUGGUCUUCCACUGGGUCACUUUGAGGAUUCAGAAAACCGAAUUGCCAUGGAAAAGGAUGAGAAGAAAUCUGCAGAAAUGAAGAAAGGUUUAGUAUCUUGUCACAGGUGUCUGAUAUAUUUGGGUGACCUUGCUCGGUACAAAGGACUGUAUGGUGAAGGUGACUCUGUAAAUCGCGAGUUUGGAGCAGCUUCUAGUUACUACUUACAAGCUGCAUCUCUUUGUCCAUCAAGUGGGAAUCCCCACCAUCAGCUUGCUCUGUUGGCUUCAUAUUCUGGGGAUGAGCUAGUGACUAUCUAUCGGUAUUUCCGGAGUUUGGCUGUGGAGAGUCCGUUUACAACUGCCAGAGAGAAUUUGAUUGUUGCAUUUGAGAAGAAUCGUCAAAGCUACUCUCAGCUCCCUGGUGAUGUCAAAGCUCUUGGAGUGAAGGAAUCUUCUGGGAGGUUAACUGGGAAAGGAAGAGGAAAAGUGGAAACGAAAGUGGCUGUAAGGAGUAGUGGUGUAGAAGCUAGUCCUGGAAAAGAUGGAGCAUCUAAUAUGCCGGAGAGAUGCAAAAACUUCUGCACUAGAUUUGUUCGUCUAAAUGGAAUCUUGUUCACACGUACAAGCCUUGAGACCUUCACUGAAGUUCUGUCUCUGGUUAGUGCUGGCCUGCGGGAGCUUCUGUCUGGAGGACAAAAUGAUGAACUGAAUUUUGGCACAGACACCCUUGAAAAUGGACUUGCAAUUGUCAGAAUUGUAUCUAUUCUUAUUUUUACAGUUCAUAAUGUGAAUAGAGAAUCUGAAGGUCAAAGUUAUGCUGAAAUAGUGCAGCGUGCUGUUCUACUUCAGAAUGCAUUCACCGCAGCUUUUGAGCUGAUGGGAUACAUUGUAGAAAGAUGUGUACAGCUGUGUGAACCUUCCUCAAGUUAUCUUCUACCAGGCAUCUUGGUUUUUGUGGAAUGGUUGGCCAGUUAUCCAGAUUUUGCUGCUGGCAGUGAUGCAGAUGAGAACCAAACAAUGGUCAGAUCAAAAUUUUGGCAUCAUUGUAUAUCCUUCUUGAACAAGCUACUUUCAGUUGGGCCAAUAGCUGUUGAGGAUGAGGAAGAAAAUACUUGCUUUAAUAACAUGAGCAGGUAUGAAGAAGGAGAAACUGAAAACCGACUUGCUUUGUGGGAGGAUUUUGAGUUGAGGGGAUUCCUUCCUAUUCUUCCUGCACAAACCAUCCUGGAUUUCUCAAGGAAGCAUUCCCUUGGAAGUGAGAGUGACAAGGAAAGAAAAGCUCGGGUCAAAAGGAUUGUAUCUGCUGGAAAGGCUUUAGCAAAUGUUGUCAGGGUUAAUCAGAAUGUGAUUCAUUUUGACUUGAAGGGGAAGAAAUUCGUAAUUGGUGGGGAGCCUCAAACAGUUGAUGAUAUUGUUACCCCCACCUAUUCAGGCAUGCCUAAUGUGGAAGAGCUGGUGCAAGAAAAUCCAGCAGACAAAACAAAGGCAGGAACUGUACUGCCAAAUCAACAUUACUAUUUGGACGGAGAUGAAGAUGAUGAAGUUAUAGUUUUUAAGCCUAUAGUGUCUGAGAAGCCAGCUGAAGUGGUCAUUUCAACAUGGACAGCUCCUGAAGGCUUGGAACCUGUUCAGAAGGCUGCUGGUGGGGAUCAAAAAUUUCAUGCAAACAUUAUUGCAAAUCCGUUAAGUAAUCCAAACUGUCAAAAUGUUUUUGAUGCAAAUUUGAGCAUGCCUGUUUCUGCUGGUGGUAUGUUGCCUCAAUACCUUCAAACGGUUCAGCCACAUUCCUCAAGGUGCUUAGAGGAAAUUUCUCUUGCUAACAGUUUAAAAGAUCUCACCUUCUUGGAGAAUGGUCAUGUGAUGAAGCCUGAUCUUCAGGAAGCUGCACGCAUCCCCAAUCAUGGAGCACUUCUUGUUCCCACCCAACAACAUUCUUUUAGUGCUGGCACUGCUGCUUUUUUUCAUGGUCUCUCAAAAGCUCCAGAAUCUGUAAUACCAUCCAAAGUUGAUGCUGUUGCAACUUCUGGAAUUUCAAUUGAUAAUGUGGCUGCGAAUGCAUCAACUGUGCAAGCUGGUUUAAGUAAAGCAGUUAGUCGGCCUGCUAGGCACCUUGGACCGCCCCCUGGUUUUAGUGCCUUUCCUUCUAACCAAGCAAAUAAAACUAAUAUUUCAGAUUCAGUUGGCGGGAAUCCGAUGCUGGAUAAUUACAGUUGGUUGGAUGGAUAUCAAUUGCAUUCAUCAACCAAAGGAUUGGGCUCUAAUGGUCCCCUUACUUUCUCCCAUUCAAAUCCCCAGCAGGUCAUUAACAAUAACGGCUUGGGUGGGACAGUCAGCUUUCCCUUCCCUGGAAAACAAGUUCCACCUGUGCUGCCUCAGGGGGAGAAACAAAAUGGUUGGCAAGAUUAUCACACUCCUGAACUCUCAAAAAUUUAUAGCCAGCAGCAGCAGCAUCCGCAGCCGCCGCAACAGUUCAUUGCUGGAAAUCAACAAUUCACUCCACUCCCUGAGCAAUUUCAAGGACAGUCGACCUGGACAGGUCGUUACUUUGUGUGAUGUCAGUAUGAGAGUAUGAAUGGUAUUGUCAAUGUUCUACUCAUUGCUUAUCCAUCGUUAGGACUCCUCUGCUGCUAUGUCAUUGAAUAUUGUUGGAGUUUAUUUGGCCUUGACUUGUUGCGGGCGCUUGGUACAAAGAAAGAUUUGGCUGAGCUCUCCUGCCCGAAGGAAGGAUGAUAUGCAAGCAUCUUUACAGUUCAAUAUUCAUAAGAGUAAAUGCCUUGUCUGGUUGAAUGAAUAGGUGUUAAAUAAAGGAUUAUCCCAGUCAUUUUGGGGCCUGUAUCUCCAGGGAUUACUGGUAUGGCAAUGGUUUGUUCACUUCUCUGGUGGAAAUGGCCAUGAUUCACCUAUCAGAAUUGUUGUUACCUUCAUCUGGCUGCCCAUGAUAUGUAGUGCUAACCCUUUAUCCGGCCACAAAGCUUCAGACUAUAUAAUAAAGGCCGGUAGGAGGAAUAAACUGGGUGUCGUGGGAGUCAGAGUUGGAUGUUGGUAUAUUAAUGAACCUGGGGCUCAAGUGAUCGAGCACACACGUGUUUGCUGGUGGCGUUUAGGGUAUGAUGAGUGUUAUAUGGCUCAUUUUAUCGUUUUUCUUCUCAAAGUUGAGAUGUGAAUAAAGAAUUCUGUUGCGUGAUGGAUAUUUUAUAUAUAUGUUUAUCUCCGUCGUGGUAAGAAAGGAAGAAUGUAUUAAGGUAUCUCCCUUUAUUUUGUGCAGUGUUCUAUGUACAGGAUCUGGAGGGGUAUGACUUUAGUAUUCACUUUCUGGCGUUUAAAGGGAUUUAUAUGUAGCACUUGGUUGCAAUUUGCCUCUAGUCUAUUAUAUGUUUGAUACCUGGUUUUAAGUUUUAACCUGAUUCUUGAAUACGGAAUUUAUCUA